UGCUGGUUGUUUUUUAUGUUUUUUUUUUAAUUCAUUAUUUGUUAGUUUAGUGUCUGGUUGGGACAAUAGGUUAGUAUUUGUAACUUAAUCAAUUUAGGUCAGUAAGUGAAUCAUCACUGCUAGCCAUCCCAGUCCAAACAAAUCGGACGUGAACCGCCGUCAAUGACAGAAAUGAGUUAACUGCUUAAAAUGAAAUGCGUACAUGCUAAAAAUACAGUAAAUGGAAAAUCACCUCGUAUAUACACAGUAUAUAUAUAAGAAAGCUAUAUAUAUAUAUAAAACUUUCUUUAACACCAUGGCCUCAUUUGAAAACAGAUUCAAAUGUCAUCGUAAUUGGUUUAAAAAAAAAAAAAAAAAAAGAAUUUAAAAAAAAACAUGUAAUUGCUACUAAAGAUUGAGUAACUCAUUAUUUCUCAAACAAAUAAUUUGAAUCCAUCUCAAUAUUCAUUGUUUUUCAUUGAAUGGAUGAAUGUGUUUUCUCAUUGAAUCUCCCUAUACUGUAAUGAAAAAACAUCUCGAGUCAACAACAAAAAAGUAAUUAAUCAUCCCCAAAAAAUUAUGUGGACAUUAGGCAUGUGCCGGUAUGAGAUUUUGAUGGUAUGAUAACCUCAAGCCAAAAUCACGGUAUCACAGUAUUGCAAUUACACCUCUAAAAUGGGUUACUUUGAAAUAUCUGGGUUAAAAUAAAUACAAAAAAAUGUUUUUCCAUCUAAUAGGAUUUUAGUUUUUCAAAACAUAUUAGCAAAUUGGAACAUAAGUAUAAUGUUAAGUUAAAUCACAUUUAAAUAAUAAUAAUAACCAAAGAUAACUGAAAUAUUCUAAAUAAAAUAAAAAUAAAUGAAGCCCUUUAGGUGAGCUUAAACCCACAGCCACAGCUCAACAUUAUUACCAUCAGAACAAAAAUAAUUGAAUUAUUUUCCAUAAAAAGCAGGUGUGUAUGACUCGUAUCAUAUUUAUGUUAUACACACACUCUCUUUCUCAACAAAGACAGUUGCCAGAGAGAAAAAAACACCAUGUUUUACCACCGCUAGACACACUAAACACGCUGGAGUUAACUCUCGUAGCUGGUGGGAAACGUUCAUGACAGUGUUUACUAACCUUUAAUUUUGCAUAAAUGCGAAAUCAUAUUGAAGGUAUUGCCUCCUCGGCAGCCACCCUCCACGAAUAUGUAUUACAUGUCGGUUGGCCCUCCUCCUCUAAGCCACGGCCAUCUGUAACUUUUCUGUAGACGAAGUAUUCCCAUACCAGCGAAUUCGUUUUCUUCGAUGGGGAAAAAAGUUCAUUAGUUUCACCUCUUCCAGCCAUCGUGUAGCACAGCUGACUCACUGACACUGAGCAACAACCGGUGGAGGAGGGUUGAGCCUUGGAGCUGCAAGCGAGGGAUGUCUCCCUGAAUUUUUGGGACAUAAAAAAUAGCUAAUACCUUAGGGACUGUAUGACAGAAAAUGUUUGCAGUUUUGAAACCAGGACCUUUUCAUAUUACGGUAUACCUUGAAACCCAUAUCUAGUGGACAUAUAACUCACUCAGAUAGUUACUAUUCUCUAGCUCAAAAAAUAUUACAACAAUAUUUUGGAUUUUAUGGAUGUCUCAUGUGUGAACAAAAUAUAUAGACACAGAAAUUUCAAUACUUAAACAGAAUGCAGUAUAGUAUUGAGGAAAAAAGGCCACAAAAUAUUAUGCAAACAUAAUAUUCUACGUACAUUGUAAUUUUUAAAUGAGCAGAAAAUCAUUUUCUUUCUAUAAGGAGAAAAGUGUGCGUCUGUAAAUUUUGCAGCUGUAAGUUAUUUUGAUAUUUCAAUGGCCCACAUUCCAGAAUAAUGGAAGAGCUGAUAUGAAAGGGAAUGACAUUUCUUGUUUCCUCAGUCUAAAAUGUUGUUUUGUUGGAUUAGGUGUGCUCACAGGCUUGGAGAAAUGUUCCAGUGGAUCUGCGGCGUCAUUGUGUCACUCGCCUUUUGUGAAACCUUGAUCAGAAAAGCACAUUGUGCAUCUGUAUAUGUCUCCCAGAGACAUCUUCUGACAGAGGACAGCGGUAAUGUCAACAGUAACACCAGUGACACUCGAGGUCUCACAAAUGAAGACAACACUCCAAAGUCAACAGAAUGGUCCUAUCUGGCCGCCGGACUGGGCACGGCCCUGACUGUCUCACUCAUCAUUGUGAUGGCCGUUAAAUUCCGUGUCUUCCACCGCUUUCUGGCCAGCUACAGACACUCCUUGCUGCAAGAGGCAGAUGGCAUUAGCAACUACGGACGAGACGAGCCAUCUUUUCCAAGCAGCGUAUCAAGUAGUGUCGGAGUGAUGAGAGACACUGUAGUCGCACCGGAGGAAGAUGACGACGGCUUCAUUGAAGAUAAUUACAUCCAAGCCAGUGAGAAAGCCAGGGCAGCGCGAGAAGAGGAGGAGUAUGGGGUCGAUGACAGUGAUGAUGAUUUGCAGUUUACAAUAGGGUGAGAGACUGCGGUAUCCGUGUUAUAUUUUAUUUUGAUCACGACUAAUGCGGAAACGCCCAACAUACAGUAUCUCUAUGCAAUUCUCUCUAUGUAUUUGUGUCAAUACAUGUUUGGCUGUAUCAUUAACUCAUUGGUCAAAAUUGAUAGUGAUAGAUAUCCACUGAAUGAACACUGCCAGCCCUCCCUGUGGCAUUGAAAUAAUAUCACUUCUGCCAGCACUCCCAGUUCAAAUGGAAUGGACGUGGCUGGCAGCAAAAUUAAUUGAAAGGGUUUGACUGUUUUAUUCAAAAAUGAAAUCAUUUGAUAACAACAGUGUAUGUAUCCAUUAAAAUGUGUUGAUUGUGUUCAGCAUUAAUUAUGAUGAAAGCAAACAUGUUUUUCCCUCUCUUUCAUUAGUUGUUGAAUAAUACAGUACACAGAAGAACGUGAAUGGCAUAUAUGUGCUUCAAUGUAAGGCAGCGUAUUCGACAGAUCCAACACUUUAUCUAAUGUCCAAAUUAGAUCCCCCCCCCCCCCAAAAAAAUAUAUAUAUUCAGUACUCGCUUCUUUUUGUCUCUAACAAAAGAUGCAACACUCAAACACUGACAUUUUACAAGGUUUUACAAGCAAAUUUACUUCAACUGAACAUUUCUGUACAUACUGUAAGUAGCACAGCCACUAUCAUCUUUAGAGGCAUUACCUGAUUCCAUGGGGGGGUGUAUUCUAAUUCAGGAACCACAAGUGCAGCAACCAAUAUACUGAGAACAAUCCAAUCUCCUCACGCAUACAUUUAGUCCCUCAGAAAAAGCCAAGAGAUUGAACAAUUUUACCAACAAUACCCAAAUACAAUCUCACUUUACUGUGAAGUGCAGAGGUAUUUCUACAAUGAGAUGCUGGAAAGGUGGCAGUGAAUACAUUCCAUUAAGCGCUGUGGUGUACUAAAACAAUAGAAUUAGAUCAUUGAAAAGAUGAAUUCACUGACUCAGAAAUGAAGUACACAUUCCCCCUGUAACACAUUCACUUUACUAUGAGUGCCUCCCUGCAUCUCUACUACAGAAGGAAAAUCCAUAGGAGCAAAUCUCCCAUACAAAUGUCAAUUUAUAUUAUAUAUUAUCAUUUAAGGGCACUGCUGCCCCCUGAGUACCCAUACAUGACAGAAUCCACUGGUGAUUACAUCUAAGCUACUGAAGAAAGGGUUUUUUUUCCUUCAAAAGGUUUUUUUUU